CGACAACCGAUCGGAGGAAGCUGAGUGUUCCUACUCUUCGAUGCCCAACAAGAAGGAUUGCUCCUACAAGUCAACCGCUUGGGACAAGGGUUUUCUCCUGACCAUCUGCGGCCUGCUCUCUGUCGGCAUCCUCUACGGCCUGAACCAUCUGCUUUCAGACGACGUGGGCGGUGACGACGCUGGAUCUGCCGGCAGUGGUGACGGAAACGGGGACGGUGACGAAUAAAGCCUCCUCACUUUUUUUUUUUUUUUUAAAAAAAAAAAAAAUAAUCAGUGCUGUAACGCUGUCGGCCCGGGACCUGCGCGCUUUUCGCCCUUUCCAACCAAAUAACGCAAAACGUCGGCGGUCAACAGCAUCAUGGACAAAGACCCCGUUACCGGUCGACCCUACCCGUCGGACGCGAUCCAGCGUAUCCUCUACGUCACCAAGAAAGUGCACGUCUACCGAAUCCCCCCCAUCACGUCCACCAAAGGCUUCAACGCCGCGUCAUGGACCCAGAAUCCCAAGGAUCUGAUCUUCACCUGCCGUCUCCGCGUCGUCGAGACGGCCAUCCCUCCUCCCGCAAACGCCCCCGCUGACGCUUCCGAAAAGGUCUUUGUGAACAUCCUGCUGGAAGACCCCAACUCGGGCCAGCUGUUCGCCGCCGCGCCGUACACCAACCCACACGUCGUAGAACAGGCGCUCGAUUCGUCGAGGUUCUUCGCCAUCCGCGUUGCGGGCGAAGGCGGCAUGAAAGCCACCUUGGGCAUCGGAUGGGAGGAGAGGCCCGAGGCGUUCGACUUUGGAGUCUGUCUUCAGGACGUGCGGCGGAUCCUUGGCAUGGAUCCUGCUGGUGGGCAGGCGGGCCAGGCCCAAUCAGCCAGGAGAGGGCCGCCAGGACGGCCGACUGCGCCCAAGCCCGCUGUCGCCGAGGUCAAACGCGACUUCAGUCUGAAGGAGGGCGAAACGAUCACGGUCAACAUAGGAGGCAAGAGCAGAAUAGGCAAGUCCUCUGGUUUUGCUGGCCAGGGCAGCACCGGUGGAGGAGGCCUCUUUGCUAUUCCCCCACCUCCGGGGAAGAGCUCGGGCUCAGGCAGUGCAAGUGUUCCAGUCCUACCGCCGCCGCCAAGUGCUAGCGACGUGAAGAGCGGAGCGACCGCGACCGAUCGGAAACAGCCCACCGCCGAGGAGCUUGGCUUCGAUGACGGCGAGUUUGGCGAAUUCCAAUGAAGGGGGUGUUUCAAGCACAACGGGACGUUUUCGUGACUGAUAGAUACCCACAAUGAACGAAUAGAAAACGAAAGAACGAGUCGAAGGACAGGUCCUGAUGAGCAAGGCACCGUUUGGAAGUUUCUGCAGUGUACAUGUAGCCUAUGCACAAAAUCAUGACUGGAGGCACAUCCGACGAGGACUCUGUGCAUGUCUAUUAUUAUCUCUGCAGCCCGAUUCAAAGUAAGCCCGACCAGAAAAUGCCAUAAGAACGGG